AUGUUUCAAGAUUCCAUCGACUUGCAGUUCUCAAACCUUACAUCUCUACGGUCUCUUGAUCUUUCGUGCGCUAAUUUAGUACCUGAUUUUUCAUCUGUUUUUGUUAGCUUGAAAUUACAACCAAAGUUAGAUGUUGGCUCAUUUUUAUCUAUCAUAAGCUAUGGAUAUCUGUCUAGUCCAAAUCUAAGGUGGUUAGAAGGACUCCGAAAUCUCAGAUAUCUCGUAAUGACUGGUGUUGAUCUAUCAAAGGCCUCGGAAUCAUUUCAGUGGGCUGAACCAGUAUCGAGUCUUUCAAAUCUCAUAGUACUUCGAUUAUCCAACUGCAACAUUUCAGGAAGAAUUCUGAUAGGGCAGUUACUUAACCUUACUAGCCUUUCUGUUCUGGAUAUGCGCUCUUACAUUCAUCCACGAUACCUGAUAUUCAUGUGGUCAAAGUUGAAGUUUCUCGACAUAAGUUUCACUCAUGUAGGCGGAACGCUUCCUUCUUUAACAAAUUCAACUUCGCUGACUCUUUUCAAAGCUGAUGGAUGCUCGAUCCAAGGGUCUAUACCUUCUUCAGUUACAAAACUUAAGAAAUUAAGAACGCUGACGCUCAAUGACAACAAUAUCACAGGCCAACUUCCUCUUCCUAAGCUUUCGUAUCUUUCUGCUAAUAAGAAUAACCUGAAAGGUAAUGUGCUGCUGUCUUUGCUCCAGAAGUCUAGAUUGGAUCUGAUUUCUUUCGGAACUAAUGGAUUGUCAGUGGAAAUCGAUGAUCAGUAUCAGCCCGUUGUGCAAACUUUCCAGCCCACGGUUUUGGAAUUUACAUCUUGUAACAUGAGAGGAGAAAUCCCAGAGUUAUUUUCAAAUCUGACGAGCCUCGUGAUUUUACUUUUGGCGAACAACAGUCUAUCAGGAGCCAUACCUACUGGUUGUUCAAUCUACCAUCCCUAUCUGCACUAG